CUUUCAGCGCUUUCUGUUGCAAGUCGGUGUGGUUUCCUGUAACACCCAUUUUACAUUUGCGCACCACGUGAAUCAAAGUUUAUCAACAGCGGAGUUGUAAUCGCUGAUGCUCUUUAUACAUGCUCAACUUUCUAUUACAAAUUGCUUAUCUAUUGGAUUAGAAUGAAGCACUCAAACCUACACCCUGCGGAAUCAAGUAUUUUCCUGGAGGUCUAUAACAUCGACGGAGCAGUGCUUUUUCCUCUGCACUCCUCCAUCACACUGUUACUCUCCUACACUGAGUGCACUUCUUUUGAGGUUUAUCUGGUCUCAGAUCUGCCUGUUAGUGUAGAGGCUUUGGCAGGAUCCCUUCCAAAGAGCCUGACUGUGUCUGAAGUAAAGAGGGCAGAGGCUCCUGCUCUGGUGGCGACGUGUCGUCUGCCGGCUGUGCUGGAAUCGAAUGGGAGAUUCUGCAGAGCCGGACUGGCUGUGGUGCUCAGGCACAUCAUCCAGACGACGUGCCGGCUGGAGCCACACCGCAGAGAUGUGGCCUCACUACUGGGCUUUAAGAAUACCUGCCUGAAGGCCUGUGCUGAGGUGAGCCGCUGGACCAGGUUAUGUGAACUAGACAUUCCUUCAGCGGUCGAGGAUCACCUGCGUAACCCCACAGAGGAGCAAUUCCAUCUUCCUGCCGCUCUCAUCCAACUGGAGCACCGGUUAGCCGAACCGGUCAAGGUGCACAACGAUGACACUCGACGUCACAAGCUUCAACAGCAGCAGAAUGCCGAGCAGAACUUUCAAUCACAGGCUAACCAGCAAGAGGAUUCUCAGUACAAGAGCCAGCGUGGAGUGGAGAUAAGCGCAGCUAUGGCAAAACUGUCCAUGGAUGGAGCUCCAACUGUUUCCACCACCAGAGAGAGCUCUGACAUAAGGAAAGUAAAGACUACCGAGCUGCCAGAACUGGAGCAUGUGUUCGCUGAGGGGCUUUUCUUCACGCUCACAGAUGUGGUCCUGCUCCCCUGCAUCCAUCAAUACCUGAUCUCUCUACAGAAUCGCGCUCCUCAUGUCCUGCUCCAUCUCCCUUUGCUACUGCGCUGGUACCGGCACGUGCAGGAACUGCCAGGGGUCUGCCGUGCUGCAGGGGAUUGUGGGAUUCCUCUGUUUAGUCCUCAGAUGCCAAAGCCUUGCUCGACUCCAAAACCAGACACUCCUCAUCACCUCGAAUCGGACCAGGAGGCCUCUGCGCCAUCUCGAGAGCACUUUGUGGGAGGACCUAGACCCACACUUACCAAACUGCAGGAGCACGGCAUUGAGGCCAUCUUCUCCCCACACCCCUGUCCAGCAUGGACCCUUGACUGGGAGAGUCUGCCUGCUGCCGUCAACCCCACCGAAGGCAAGAUGUCAGACACUCGAGCUGUACGUAAGCGGCAGCAGCUGAACAACCUGGUCGCCAUGGUGAAGGAGCUCGCUGGACCUGAUCACACUAUAGUUGACUUCUGUAGUGGAGGAGGCCACGUUGGGAUUGUUUUGGGGUACACACUUCCUCAGUGUCAGAUCAUUCUUAUUGAAAACAAAGAAGAGUCUCUUGUUAGAGCAAGAGACAGAAGCUCACAGCUCGGACUUCAGAACAUCAGCUUCAUCCAGGCGAACCUCGACUACUUCAUAGGGAACUUCCAUGUCGGGGUUGCUCUACACGCGUGUGGUGUGGCAACAGACAUGGUUUUAGAUCGCUGUGUUCAGGCCAAAGCCGGAUUCGUUAUCAGUCCAUGCUGUUACGGCUUCAUCCAGAAUACAUUCAAGUUCAGCUUCCCUAGAAGUAAGAAAUUUGCAGACACGUUGACAACCAAGGAGCACAUGAUCCUGUGCAGGUUUGCUGACCAGACAGCUGUCCAGCUUCCCCCUGAGCGCCGCUUAAUCGGGAAACGCUGCAUGGGAUUGGUCGAUUUAGACCGCAGUUGGGCUGCUGAGACUCACGGUUAUUCAGUAAAGGUGAUGACUAUGGAGCCUGAGAGCUGCUCGCCCAAAAACAACAUGCUAGUCGGGGUUCCAGCUUAGCGUCUCCAGGCACUGACUGUAUCAGCUUUAGCAUUUACAGAAUGAAGACUGGAGCCUUGAGGAAGUGGUAGUUUUAGUGGUAAAGUAAUUUGGACUGUAUAUCGGAAGGUUUUGACUUCAAAUCUCAGCACCACUGCUGGACCCUUAAGCAAAGCCUGAACUUAGCAAGUAGAAAAUUAGCUCAUUUGCAUGUGCAAAAUGCUAUGAAUGUGGAUGGGAUACCUCAGAAUCAAGUGAUAUCUCUGAAAUGUAUGUGAUUUUAUUUUAUUUUAUUUUAUUUUUUUUUUUUUUUAAUGAUGUAAGCUCCCAGCAAUGGAUGUUUUUUUUCUCAGUGGACUAAUCGGUAAUUGUGGACACUUUAUCGAUUUGUUUUUAAGUUCAUAACAACAAUUUGGUGACGUUAAACAUGGAAUGAUGUUCCAGCUGUGCGUUAUUUUCUUCCCUAACAGCACAGCCAGAAGUGUUCCUCUUAUUGACAUAAUAAAAACGCCAUGUAAUGCUUUUCAAACAUUUACAAUUGCAUUAAUGGUCCUCUGCAGAUGAAAUUCUCAUCAAGGAUCAUGUAUCUGUUGUUUCCUCACCAGCUUCUUUUUUUACUCUUUUUCCUUCCUCUCGUGGUGAAAAACUUUUAGAAUCCUGAAGACUACCAGUCUUGUAAAAGGAAAUUUUACCAUAUAAAUGAGUAAACAGCAAUAAAACAUUUUUUUGUUAUUAGA